UUGACAUUUUGUAGUUCGGGAGUUGGUGUGUUGCGUGUACUGAUUACGGAAGAGAAAUGUUCUAAAAAAUAUAAACAAUGUGCGAAUUGUUUAAGUGUACAUGCUCUUCAAUCAACAAGUAGAAGUUAGCCAUUGAAGUACUUCAUAUUUUUGAAAGGUAACAAUGGCUGAGGCCGAUUUUAAGUUGAGCGAUCAAGAUUCAAUUCAAAAUAAUUCAAAUUUACAAAAUAACUCCGAAUCGAAAGAUUCUGAUCCUUCGGAAAACCCGAACAUUUCAAGUGUUAAUGUUGAAAACAUUGCUGUAAUUGAUAAUGCCAUAGAAGAGGUUUUAAAUAGCACAAAAGAAGAUAGCAACCAAGAUCAAUCCAAUAAUUUAACCAAUAGCUCCGAAGAAGAGAAUGUGGAAAGUGGUACAUCGGGAGACAGUUUUGUAUAUAAAUGUGUGUUCUGUGAACGUAUUUUAACUGCUAGUGAUGAGCCUAAGUUACUGGAAUGCUUACAUAACGUUUGUGGCUCUUGUGUUAAUAACAAAAUUUGCGAGCAAAGCGAGAGUAAUAUUCAUGGCAGCAGUAUUCAAACAGUGUUAAUUCCCUGUGCAUCAUGCAAUUUACCAAGCCAAGUAGAAAGGAUAAUAGAAAACCAAUUCUUGUUGGAGUUUUCUAAUCAUGAUGAUAAUAUUGCUAAAGCUACAGAGAUAAAAUGCAGUAGUUGUAGUGAUGAUGCGCUAGCAGUUAGUUGGUGUGCUGACUGUUUGGAGUAUAUUUGUGAAAGCUGUGUGCAAGCACAUCAAAGAUUGAAAAUAACGAAAGAUCAUACAAUUAAAACCAAGGAAGAAGGCCUACUUGAGAAUCAUACAUCUACAAAUGCUUCAUCUAAUCAAAAUUUAAUGUGUUCUGUACAUCCUCAUGAGAAGUUAUCUCUCUUUUGUGAAAAUUGUGAUAAAUUGACAUGUAGAGAUUGCCAACUUAUAGAGCAUCGAGACCAUAAAUACAAAUUUACUCAUGAAAUUGCCUCUGAUACAAGAAAAUUUAUCUCGAAUAUGUUAAAGGAUGUCAGUUACAAGCGAGUCCUACUUGAUAGUGCAAUGAAAGUCAUCGCUGAUCGGCAAACACUGAUAAGUGAAAAAAAGCAAGCUAUUGUUAAAGAGAUCACCCAAAUGGUCGUGAAAUUAACAAAUACUAUUAAUAUGAGAGGCAAGGAGCUUGUUUCUAAAUUAAAUGAAGUUUGUGAACAGAAACAGAAAACAUUGCAAGAAAAGAAAGUAGCAUUGGAUCAGUUAUCAAAAAUCACAGAUCAUUGUAUAGAAUUUACUCAGCAUGCAUUGGAAAGUGGUAGUGAUAUGGCACUUUUAUUUAGUAAACGUCAAGUAACAUGCCAUUUACAAAGGAUCAAGUGUAAGAGAGCAGAUAUUCCUAAUCCUGAAAUUCCUGUUAGAAUACAUCUUGCACUUGACAAAGUUCCAGAAUUAAUUAAGGUCAUUUCCACGAUCGGGCAAAUCGUGGUAGAUGGCAGGGUAUAUCCCAUUUCACCUUCUUCGCCGGCGGGGUCAUUACCUCCUCAUGGUUCGCCUAGCCCGGGACAUACGAGACCCCCUCAACAACAGUCACCCCUUAAUCAACCACCACCUCCAUCAUCUAUUCAACAACCACCACCACAACAACCUCAACACUAUCAACAGCAACAAAUGACGUUUCAACAGCCCCGUAUGUUACCACCACCUUACGGUCAACAGCAUUAUCAGCAAACAUCUCAAAGUAUGCAGCCUGGCAUGCAACAGAAUAUGAAUCAAAAAAUUCAACAAAAUAUGCCUCCCCAGUUAAACACUUUGCCAAUGACUUUGCAACAGCAUUUACAACAAAGUCCCAUGCAAAGAGUAACUAUUCCUAGAGGUGGUAUGCCAAGGGCAAUCUUACCAAUUAACAGACUGUCCAGUCCUGGAAUCAAUCAUCAACAGCAGCAGGUCUCAUCUUCAACACAUCCGCAAGGACUUAUGCAGGAACGAGGAAGUUUGAGAGGUCUUUUGCAACCAACAACCAAUCAUAAUAGCAGCACUGUGUAUGUACAAACUGGUCCAAACCAAUAUAGGGCUGUACAGCCUCAGUUCGCUCAACAAUAUCAAAACCGUUUUAACCAGCAGCAACAGGUACAACAGAUGCGCCAACAGUUGCAACAGCCAGGCGGGUCCAUUCGCCUUUUGACUUCAAGUCAUUUACCUCCUAAUAUACAGACAAAGAUGAAUGUACAAAAUCAAAACUUCACUUCGCCGCCACUUCAGCAAGGGGCCAAAUGGCAUAUCCCGCAAACAGGAGAUGCAGUUGCGGCAACUGCUGGAGCCGGAACCUAUGCUGUUUCUGUGGUUCGCAGUCAAGCGUCCUUGCCCGUAAAUGAUAACUUCAAGAUAACGCUAAAGUCACAAGCUAACAACGUUGGUUCAGAUACAAAACCAGCUGCUGUGUCAUCAACUAUACCGAAAACACCGAGCCCCAACGGUGUACAGGGUGGUAAAUCGGAUACGGAACGGAAUCUCGAUAAGUUCUGUCAGGACUCAGUUAAUGAUUUAAUGGCAACGAUCGCGAAACUCGAUUCGAAUGGUGUUCAAGUGCUCGCGGAGGGUAAUGUCAAAACAACAGGUGGUUCGCCCCACGUGGACAGUUCCACGGACGAUAGCGGCGUCGUAGGAGGUGUUUUGUCGGGAAAGGUGAAAGGUGACGUUGUCGAUCCUGGUAAAGACGAUCCGAAUGAGGAUUGGUGCGCGGUGUGCAUGGAUGGUGGCGAACUCGUCUGUUGCGAUAAAUGUCCAAAGGUGUUUCAUCAGUUCUGUCAUAUACCGAACUUAAGCGUUGAGGAAAGUGACACAUGGCAAUGUCUGCUCUGUACAAAUAUUGCUGAUUUACCGCCUGGUGAGAUUAAAGAAGGGGAACUGGAAACAAGACAGCGCAAAAUACUGGAGAGAAUAGUUCUGGAAUUGUACUGUCAAUAUGAACCAAGUCUGCCAUUCAGAGAAGUGAUAGGACCAGAAAAUAUAGAAUAUCAUUCCAUUAUCAAAAAACCAAUUGCAUUGGAUACCAUCAGACACAAAUUAGACUGGAAUGCCAUCAACCAUUACACAACCAUCGAUGAUUUCAUUAAAGACAUUCGACUGAUGUUUAAAAACGCUUAUACAUAUAAUGACGAGAAUACUCAAGUGUAUCAGGAUGCAAAAACGCUAGAAAAAUUUUUCGACGAACAACUUGAGAAAUUUCUCCCAGAACAUGCAUACGACGAAUUUAGGCCUCCACCUAAAAAGUUUAGGAGAAUAGUAAGUGACUGACACAUGGACGCAGCAUCAGGUUUCCUGGUGAAUCAACUUAAGACCGAAAAGGAGUAAUACCGAACAAGCUACAUACCUGCAUUUAAAAAUUUUUUUGCUAUUUCUGUUUCAGUUUCAAAAAACAGCUUUAGUUCCUGGCUUUUGGUAGUAAAGAUCUGUACAGUAAUUUUAACACCAAUACGUAGACACUUAGACUAUUAUAGACCAGUAAUAUGCUAAGCAACGUUAUUUACAAUUAUUAAUUUUAUUUAUUUUAUGUAAAUUAGAAAAGAAAUUCUCUUGAAAUGCAAUUUGGGUUAUAUUGAAAUUAUUUAAAGAGCUUCUAAGGUACGGAUUUUGCAGUACCGACAGGGUUUUUUAAAUAUAAUUAUUUGGCAUAGAAACUUUAUAAAAAAAAAAACUUGACUUCAUGUUCAAUAGUUUUCAUUAUUUCAAAAAUUGUUACCAGAGAAUUUUGCAUCAUCUUAAUUUUUAUUGUAUAUCAUUUACGCUGAUAAUGAUCUUAACUAUAUGAGGAGUUAGUGCAUAAGUAAACUAUUUGUAAUACAAAAUUAAUUCUUCCUACCAUGUAGGUAAAAAAAUAAUGUAGAACAAAAAGGACCGAGUCGUGAUAAAUUGUGGCAAGGAGGCUAAUCUCUGUUACACUUCUGUAAUUAUGUAUGUUGCUAUUUUCCAAUUAUAUUUACUAAGUUUCGUUUAUUUUGCUUAAAAAAUGUAAGAACUACUAAUUGCUAGUUACUGUCAUUGCAGUUGUUAUAUUACUUACAAAAUAAUAAUUUAUAAUAACUGCAAUGUCUGUAUAUAUUAUAUUCACAACAAUGUCUGCAUGCGUGGUAGGGUAAUGGUAAAAUCAGGUUUCAUACUGAACAUAAAUAAAAUUCAAAUUUUCCAAGUACCUAUAUCAUGCUUGAUACUGUAUAAAGACGAGUGUAGAGUAUGAGUAAAGUUAAUUAUUAUUGCUAUAAGUUAGGAUUACUACUUUAAAGCUCUGUAAACGUGACUUUUCUAUUUCAAUUAGGAAGGAGAUGGUGUUACUUUUAAAGCAUUAUUUGAACUUAUUUGAAAAUUGGCUAAGCUAAAAUUUUCUCAAUGCUGUUAGUUGGAAUUUUUAUAUUUUAAAGUUACUAUAAGUUAAGAAAAUAUGGAAAAUACUUGCAUUUUUUACAGCAUAGUAUUGGUAAUUUAUAUUUAACGAGGAAAUUACAUUAAAGAAAACUUUGGUGCUUUUUGAUGAUGGACUUGUUAAGGCAUUGAAAAAAUGUCUACAUGUAGUGUAGUAGUUUAUUAAUUUGUUACUUUAGUAACUUGAAAAAGUAAUUAAUUUAUAAUUUUAAAAUUAGUUUUUCAUUGCUUGUAAAACUCAUGGCUGUAGGACAAAUUUCAACAAAAAGAAACGUAAAAUAAAAAUGUUAUUGACCAAAUUGAUUGUUUUAAUGAUAGAGCUUAUGAUAAGACGUCUUGAUGGUAUAUGUACGUCAAGGAAGUUUCUGACAACAAUGGCACGAAAUUCAACUUUUACUUUUAGAUAGAAAAUAAUUUGAUUUUUAUUAAUAAGACAAUUAAAUAUUUUGCAUAUUUUGAAAACGUUUACUCAAAAGGCCUUUCAUCAAUUCAGAAAAAUUUUUAAAUUAAAUUAUAGUAGGAAAAAGGGAAAAACGUCAAGAAAUCUUUUCUUCUGUGAAUAAAGGUCAAAUGAAGUAUAUUAAAGAGACGUGAAAA